AUGAUGAGGUACUGUGUACGCAAAGCACACAAUCGACUCUCAUCGGAGUGUCGAGUUAAAGUUCUGGAAGCUCUAAGUUCUGGAUUAUCUGUACAAUCUGUUGCUCACCAUUUUCGCAUCAGUUCUGCGACUGUGAUUAGAAUUGUCAACCGAAAUGGUGCAGUAAACUCCGAACUCUCCCUACCACAAACAUUCUCUAAACCGAGAACUCGGAAACUUAAGUGGCCACAGUUGGACGAUGCAUUGUUACGUUGGUGUGGUGCCACGCUGAAUGAAGGAACCGAGAUUACUACUGUGCUUCUUCGUGAGCAAGCUAUUUCACUCGCUCAACAAUUAGGCCUCACUGGAUUUUCCCGCUAUGCCAACAGUUGGAUAUGUCAAUGGAAUCAGAAGCAUGGUAUUAUGCAGAACCCAGUCAAUAUGGUGCUAUCCUUAAAAAUGAAGAAACGAAAACGGGCCUUGCCUCUCCGAAAAUGGAGGACAAUGGCAAUAAGUCGAACAGCGGCCGCUUCAUCCGAUUUGCACGAUCGCAAUCCACCCGGAGUGGGAAACAGAUUUAGGGAGUCAGCCAAUGGCGUUUGUGGAAAGAAACGUGUUUCUGAUGCACUGUUGGACAAUGAACGGGCUCAUUUCGGUCACGCCGCAAAUGAUUCGUUGUUGGCUAACGGAAAGAUGAGCACCUCUGGUCGACCUCGGAAACAGCGAAUACUCGAUUCAGAUACCUUAAAUUGUUCAAAGGAUCGCCUCUCUCAUGUUUCAUCGAUGAUUUCCAGAUGCGUUCCGUUCGAAUGGGGGUCAUACCUCAAGGAAUUGAGUUCCUCACCCGUCGACAUAUCGUUUUUCUCCCACGUGCCGUCGGAAAUACGAAAAGAGUGUAAACUCGGCCGUUUGGGCUCUCGUGUCUUUCCGGAUGUGCUCUUCAAACUGGAUCAAUACCUCGAGGGUGUCGACCCACAUCAUGAGAGUUUGUUCUGUGCCCUGAAGGUGGCUGAAGUAGUUGGCCGUCGUGUAAGAUUGCGUUUUGUCGGAUAUCCCGAAAAAUACGACUUUUGGACAACAGUUGACUCGCCAUUUUUGUUUCCAGUUGGAUGGUGCGCCCACAAUCGUCGUCAGCUCCAGCCACCCAAAUCCCAUAUUGAAAAAGACCAGCGUGAAUUUGAUUGGGAUUCCUUUUUAUCCAAAGGAAAGUACUCAGCAGUUCCACCUUCUGCGUUCAAAUCUCUGUGGGAUGCGUCUUCAGAUAACUCCCCGACUCAUGAGUUCCGUGUCGGAUACAAAUUGGAAGCUGUAGACAAACGCAACCCGGCCGCAGUUUGUGUAGCCACUAUCAACGAUCGUAUCGGCGAUUAUGUGCUGGUGCAUUUUGACGGUUGGGAUUGCGGGUUCGAUCAAUGGGCGCAUAUCUCUUCUCCACUGCUUCACCCCGUCGGUUAUUGUGAAGAACAUGAGUUGAUCCUGUCUAUCCCCGUCGAUUGGACCACAAAACCUUGCGGUUUCACUUGGGACCAAUAUCUAAAGGAGACCAAUUCCAAAGCUGUUCCCACUGAAGCUUUUACCAAGGCCUCCUCUUGCAGUCCGGGUUCAAGCUCCGGUCCGCAAGUUGGGCAGCGCUUGGAAGCUGUUGAUCGUCGUUGCCCGCAACUGAUUCGAGUGGCUAACAUAGUCUCAGUUGGUCCUCCGGGCUUCCUCACCAUUGGUUACGAUGGGUGGCAAGAUAAAUUUAACGUGUGCUUGGAAACCAACUGUGCAGAUCUUUUUCCUGUUGGUUACUGUCAAGCAACAGAUCACCCUCUCCAACCACCUCCAGGAUACGAUCUGGACGAAUUCAGUGCACUUCCAGGUGAUGCCCAAUCGAAUUCAUCUGCUUCUUCUGUGAGCGGUGGCGGUGGGAGCGGUUCAACGCAGUUGGCUUCUUGUCCAACAAUCGGUUGUAAGGGUUACGGUCACGCCAAGGGUCCUCGACACACGACACAUCAGCGUCUUUCAGGCUGCCCCUAUUCCGACGCGAAUCUGAAACGUGAUUUUAUCCGAGCUCAUGACCGUCUAACUUCAACGAGCAUUGUUCCUGCUACUCCCGAUUCUACUUCCCCCACAAUAUCACAAAUGCCAAAGCUUGAACAACAAAUUGACACACCUACAUCAGAUCAUUUGGCUAUUGGGCAUCAGCGCGUUUCACCUGAUUCCAGUGUUCGAAGUGAUGCAUUCCUAACCCGCCGUGUACCGUCCCCUGUUCACGCGGCUGCUAUGUCACCCAGUCUUAUCGUAUCCUCAUGUCCGUCGUCCUCUUCGUCUUGUUCCUUAUCUUCUGCUCUGACAACUAUGUCGAAACCUCCCAGCGAGCCGGAAAGUCAAACCAUAAAGAUCAAUUCCGUGCCCCCCACCCCGUCUCGCUCACCCACUCCAAUUUCCUCAUCUUCAGCGGUGGAGUCUAUCAGUGCUUUUAAGGAUAAUCCACCGCCAACAACAGUGCAUGUUUCGACUGAAUCCAAAGUGGUAACUACACCUCUGGAUUUAUCUGUCGAUAGAGAGAAACACCGUGUUGUGCAUGAUAAGCCACCCGAGCUGCAGGAGGCUUCUCAGGAAAACGGAGACUAUUCUAAUCUUUCGAGCAACACGCUCAAGUCUUGGUAA